CGAGCGACGGGAGCGGGAGGCGCGCUCAGCACAACCAACGCGCACUGAACACACUCUCCGCACAGGACACACAGUUUUCCCAUAAUAAGUGUAUAAAUAGUAAAAAUACCGUGGGUGAGACUUGACUUUACGGAAAGAAGAGUUAUUCCAGGGGAAUUGCUCGGAAUAAACAAGGAAAAUUGGACUUCGAAGGACCAGUGAAGAAGGUCUUCAAGGAGCCGGGGCUUCCAGGCUCCCUGUCUAAGGACUCCGGAUAUUGAUUACUUCAUCUGUGUGAAGAAUGAAGGAGGUUGCAUUCCUUCUUUUCCUCUGGGUGUCCAACAUGGGAGCCUUACGCUUUGCACAGGAGACCACCCAGGCAGUGCCACCCACAGUAGGGCUAUCAGGCGACAUCACUCACAGAGUGGUCCUGGGUUCCAAUGACUCGUACCCGACCCCGCCCAGUGCUCUUGGAGCACGGCCUGGUCCACUUCCGCCUCGCCCGUACCCACCGAUGUGUGUCCAGCCCACUGAGAUCAAACACACCUUCAAGUACAUCAACACAGUAGUGUCCUGUCUGAUCUUCAUGGUGGGCAUCGUGGGCAACUCCACUUUGCUGCGCAUCAUCUGCAAGAACAAAGGGAUGAGGAACGGGCCCAACAUGCUCAUCGCCAGCCUGGCUCUGGGGGACCUGCUCUACAUCCUGAUCGCCAUCCCAAUCAACGUCUUCAAGUUGCUGGCAGAGGACUGGCCAUUUGGCGUUCACAUCUGCAAACUAAUGCCCUUUACCCAGAAGGCCUCUGUGGGCAUCACCGUGUUGAGCCUGUGUGCCCUCAGCAUCGACAGAUAUCAUGCAGUGAUGUCCUGGAGCAGAGUUAAAGGAAUGGGCAUUCCGCCAGGGAAAGCUGUGGAGGUGAUCCUGAUCUGGCUGGUGGCUGCAGUGCUGGCCGUCCCAGAGGCCCUGGCUUUUGACAUGAUGGAGAUGCCAUACCGUGGGACCAAGCUGCGUGUGUGUUUGCUGCACCCCCAGCAGACGACAUCCUUUCUGAAAUUUUACCAGGAGGUAAAGGACUGGUGGUUGUUUGGCUUCUACUUCUGCUUGCCACUGGCGUGCACUGGUGUUUUCUACACCCUGAUGUCUUGCGAAAUGCUGAAGCGCAAGAACGGCAUGCGAAUCGCCCUCAACGACCACAUGAAGCAGCGGAGAGAAGUGGCCAAAACUGUCUUCUGCUUGGUGGUGAUCUUCGCCCUCUGCUGGCUUCCCCUCCACCUCAGUCGCAUCCUGAAGAGGACCAUUUAUGACCAGAAUGACCCCAACCGCUGUGAACUGCUCAGCUUCCUUCUGGUAAUGGAUUAUAUUGGCAUCAACUUGGCUUCCCUCAACUCCUGCAUCAACCCUGUGGCACUCUACUUUGUGAGCCAGAGAUUCAAAAACUGUUUCCAGUCUUGCCUGUGUUGCUGGUGCCGGAAGUCUCUGCAGAAUAACCUUCCAUCUGAUGAGCAGGCGUCUGGAUUCCACUGGAAGAGCUCCGCCAACAACAAUGGCCUGGACCACAACAGUUUACACUUCAGCCCCAAGCAAAGCUUGUCCUGAGACUGCUCAGAUUCCUGAAGCCCAUGGAGAGGAUGGCUCUCACAGGGCCGCUAGCAGCUGCAGGUCUUUGACACCAGCAUGGUCAAGGUAGACACUGCAAGACACUGCACUGCAAACAGGAGCUCCUACUCGCCAAACAGGCGAAUGCUCAGAGUGGUAUUCUGGACAAGCCGUAUUCCCAGCAGUUAUGUGUGGCACAGCUGACACUGUAUCGGAUGUAAUCAUGGCAGCUUAACAUUCCCAUCUUAUUGCAGCUCAGAUGCAUUUACAGCGGUUACUAUAUUUUGCGUUACUCAAUAGCCUAGGGCAAAUGUUUUCAAAGGCAAUGUUCAACCCCAUUCAAGACUUGAAAAAUUCCAAACAGAUUUGCCCAACAAGCAGCUAUUGUACAUCAUGACAUCUGCUCAGUGAAAACAGCCAAAACUCUAAAUCCAAUAGAAUAAAAGAGAAACAGCAAAACAAGACUUUCACUUUGUGACUAGAUAAUCCACUACAUUGCAAGAUGAGGGGUUUUUGUUAUUCUAUCACAGGUAUGUUUAUAUAAAUCUGGAUAUAUUUGCUGCUUUAGCAUACAGAUAAGAUUUUUGUUAGAAAAAGUACUUAUGUUUUAACCACAGAAUGCAAAAUGUCAUUUUGAAGAUAUACGUAGGGUUCUUUUGUUCACACAUCACAGAAAGUCAAAGGAAAACUGCACUGACCGAGUAAAUUCUCUCAUCACAUACCAUUAGUCCAACUGUCAUCAGCAGUGAAAAGUUAUGUAAAUGUACCAUUCUGGCUGUAAACCAAUAGGAUUGUGGUAACCCUUUGACUCCGAAGGUGCAAUUCUGAGUCUUUACUGCAAAGAUGUAGCCCACUGCAGUAUGCUUUAGUUGUGUUAGCGUCCCAUUAUAUCAGAUCUGCUUAAUUGUCCUUCAGUGGUUCAUUCAUCUGUGUUGUAAGGAGUAUCCAACAUCCAAAGAUGUUCUCAAAAAUGUUUGUCUAAGCAUUUAUCUGUUAAUAAGAAUAGGCACCACACAUGAAAAUGCGGUGUCAGUCUGUAGCCUGUGGUUUAAAGUGACAAUGGUGACUAAGUACAUAUUUGUCAAUCCAGACAUCUGCUCAUCUAUCUGUGUGUGUGUGUGUAGAAAAAAAAUUAUCCCUUUAAUAGCCCUGAGUACUCAUAUUUAAAAUAUUGUCAAGUACAAAACAUUGCAUUUUUUCUGUGUUUUCAAAUGAAAAAAGUGCUUCCUGCACUCAGUCUUCAAAAUAUAUCACAGUGCUUUUUAUACCGUAUUCUAGA